CAUAAAAUAAAUCUUUUUAUUAUUUAAAAUUUGUUAUAAUUAUUUAAUUUAUAAUAUAAUAAUUUAUAUUAUAAUAAUGUGUUAAUUAAAAUUAGUUAAAAUUAUUUUUAAAAUAAUAAUAAUGAAAAUUUGGCCAUCUAUAAUAAUCUUAUUUAUAUUUGUCACUUCAUUAAUUUUCUUUGCUUUUACUGAUGAUGUAUCUAAUGCAAUGCAAAAUCUUUAUUGUGAUCUUGGAUUAAAAAGUGAAAAAUUAUGUCCUAUUGAUGGAGAAUGGUCUUCUUGGAGUUCUUGGGAAUCUUGCUCUGGAAAAUGUGGAUUUAAAGGGAAGAAAAUAAGACAUCGUAUUUGUAAUAAUCCUAUACCUUCUAAUAAUGGAGCUCCUUGUAUUGGUCCUAAUUAUCAAAUUGAAAGUUGCCAUAUUACAGGAUGUACUAUGAAUGAUUAUGAAAAAGUUGUAAAUAUUCAUCCUAUACGUAAAGAAGAAUUAGAAAUUGUAAAAGAUAUUCAUCAAAAAUUGCCUGCUUUAAUAGAAUUAUGUUUUCUUGCUGAUUGUACAUUUUCCAUUGUAGAAAAAAUUCUUGGAAACAAUUCAAUGCUUUAUUGGAAUGCUAUGAAUUGCAUUAAAUAUAAUGUUGGUUGUCCAAGUCCUGGUGGUUGGAGUGCUUGGGGAAUUUGGUCACCAUGUACUGCAAUUUGUGGCAAAGGUUUAAAAUAUCGCACGAGAAUUUGUAACAGUCCAAUACCUUCCAAUUAUAAAUUAAUAUGUCGUGAUUCUGCACUUGAAACAAAAAAUUGUCUAGGACUUAAUUGCAAAAAACUAUCAACAGGAACAUGGACUAAUUGGAGUAAAUGGACUAUGUGUAGUGUAAAAUGUGGUAAUGGAAUACAAACAAGAAAACGAUCAUGUUCAGAAAUACAAAAUUUACAAGGAACAUCAUGUAAAGGUGUAUCCAAAGAAAUAAAAGAUUGUACAAUUAAUAAUUGUUCUAUAAAUGGAAUGUGGUCAUCAUGGACAAUUUGGUCAUCUUGUACUUCAAGUUGUGGAAUUGGUACACAGUUGAGAAAUCGAAUGUGUAACAAUCCCUCUCCAAAUGGUAAUGGUACAUCUUGCUUUGGUUCAGCUUCUGAAAUUCGUCAAUGUUUCACUAAACCAUGUAUAGCCAGUAGUAAUAAUGUCCAAUAUUUGCUGGGAGAUGACAAUGAAGGUUUUAUUUAUAUUGGUUUAACAGAUUCAAUUGAAGUACCUUGUCCAAAAUGUAUAGAAUAUUGGCAAAUUACAAUUGCUAUAAAAAUUGAAAACAUAAAUGGAAUUGUAGCAAUAAUAACAGAUGAUUCCUUAAACAAAUAUAUUUUAUUAUUAAUAGAAGAGGGAAAAAUAAAACUUAAAUUUUAUCAAGGAGCAACUUAUAUUACAAUUGAAAGUAUAGAACAUAUUUCAAUAAGAGAAUGGUUUGAAAUAAUAGUAGCUUAUGAUAGUAAAAAUGUAUACAUGCAAGUGAAUGGAAAUGAAAAGAAAUAUAUACCUUUAGGUUUUGAAGAAAUAAUUAUUAUAUCUGUAACUGAUAUAUUCUUAGGUGCUAUACGUGAUAAUAUAAGAGAAAAAAUAUGUUCUGAAUGUGCUUAUGUACCACAAAUGAGUUUUACUCUUGGAUACUUUAAUAUAAAUGGAGAAGAAAUAGAUCUUAUAACAUUAUCAAUUCUAGAAACAAGUAGUAAACGAUUUUCAAGUCGUACUAUUAGUAUAUCUGAUCAUUAUCAAGAAGUAUCAAUAUUUUUAGGUCAAGAACUUAAAUUAUCAUGUUUCUAUGAUACAAUUCCUCAUGAAAAAAGACACAUAUUUUCAAAACAGACAUAUGCUACAUGGAUCUUAAUGGAUAAAUUAUUAUUAUCUUACGAAAACAAUUAUGAUUUUUUCAAUAUAAGAGAUGAUGGACGAGUUAGUACUGUUAGUAUUGCAAGUUAUACAACUCGUGAUACAAUAGAAAACUUUUAUUCAUGCCUUAUUUACCAUUAUAAAAAUAAAUCACUUAAAACUUCAAGACAAGCUUUAUUUACAUUUGGUAUUGUUGUAUUAGAUAAAAGUGAAGUUUUUGAAAGUGUAAUUUGGAAAGAAUGGAGUUUUAUUUGUAAAUUUACAAUCAUGUGUUUCACAUUCAUGAUAAUUUGGUGUUUAUUGGAAAUAUUGCAAGAUAUUAAAAAUGGAUAUGGUUUUUAUAGACUUCCACAAAUUAUCAGCAAUUCUACUUCUAUUAUAAAUUUUGUAUUGUCAAAAAAUGGUGUAACUUUACUUGGUAGUCAACAAGCUGCAAAUGAAGUUGUAUCAAAAAUUUUAAAUGAUUGAAUCUUUCAUCUAAUCUUAUUAAAAGAAAAAAAAUUAAAAGAAAAAAAAAGAAGAAAAAAAAAAGAAAAAUAAUAUUAAUAAUAUUAAUUAGCAAAUUACUAUAUUAAUAACUUAUUUAUUAACAUUAAUCAUAGAAUUUAUGAAAAAUGAAAAUGUUUAACUAGUUUAAAUUGAUAUUAUUAUAAAUAUUUAUAUUUUUUUAUUUUAAUAGAUUCAUAAAAAUUUUGAAUUGUAAUAAAUAUAAUUUUUAAUAAUAUUAAAAUAAACAUUUUAUGAAACACAUAAAAUGAAAUAAUACCAUUUUUGGAAAUAUAAUAUAAGAAAAUACUUAAGAAUAUAUAAAAAAAUAUAUUUAUACAAAAACAAGAAUAUUGUUUUAUAACAAUAAUAGUUUGUAUUUAAAUUUCAAAAUAAUAAGAAAUUCUAUGAACAUUAUUUAUUGUAAAAUAAAACAGCCAAUAUAUGGAUCUUUAUUAAAAACUAUAAAUUUAUUUGCAUCAUUUGAAAAUAUAACAACAUAAAUUAAUAUUUAAGUUGUUAUAAUUUCUAUUAUUAUUUUUCUAAUAAUUUUAGGUAAAUGUUUUAAUAAAACAAAUUGAGCAAAUAACUCUUGUUAACAUAAUUUUUAAAUUUGUAUAAUUUUAUAAAAUAUAAAACAAAAGAUAAAAAUAAAAUAAUAUAUAUAUUUAUUA